UUUUGUAGUAAAGUCUGCAAAAGUUAGUUUUGUAAAGUCAUGUCUGGCCGCGGUAAGCAAGGAGGCAAGGCCCGCGCCAAGGCCAAGUCGCGGUCGUCCCGCGCCGGGCUGCAGUUCCCGGUGGGGCGCGUGCACCGGCUGCUGCGCAAGGGCAACUACGCGGAGCGCGUGGGUGCGGGCGCGCCCGUGUACAUGGCGGCCGUGCUGGAGUACCUGACGGCCGAGAUCCUGGAGCUGGCGGGCAACGCGGCCCGCGACAACAAGAAGACGCGCAUCAUCCCGCGCCACCUGCAGCUGGCCAUCCGCAACGACGAGGAGCUCAACAAGCUGCUGGGCAAAGUGACGAUCGCGCAGGGCGGCGUCCUGCCCAACAUCCAGGCCGUGCUGCUGCCCAAGAAGACCGAGAGCCACCAUAAGGCGAAGGGCAAGUGAGGCCGCUGCCCGCACUGGCGGCUCGCGUCCCGGGGACGCCCGCGAACUCAAAGGCUCUUUUCAGAGCCACCCACUCCUUCAGAUUAAAGAGUUGUGUCACGGUA